AUGUUGAGACAAAGAGUUCCCAUAGUGCUAAGCAGGAUGAUAAGCUACGGGCAUAAUCCGCCUCCACCAUCGCAUUUCUCCAACCCGAACGAGCCUCCUCCUUCGACAUAUGGCCCAAACUCCUCCACGGGCCACAAUAGCUUGUCAUCUCAGAACCUACCUCAAUAUCAGAACCAAUACACCCCCGCAACCCCACCCGAUUCAUCAUUGCCGCAGACGUCACAAUCACCAUUGCAAUCGCAACCGCAAUCGCAAUCGAGGCGGACCCAGAAUGCCCACGAGGGCUCGAUCCGCGAAAUUACAUCAUUGCUCGCCAUGCUUGCGCUCGCCUACAUUGCAAUCGACAACUACUUAGAGCGGAUGAAGCUCGAGAAACUCCACAACGAAACGACAGCCAUCAAUCUAAAAGCGUUGCAAGUGCAGCAGUUGAACUAUCAAAAGGAGCGCAAAAAGCGAGACUUGCAGUCGUUACAGGAACGGAGAGACAUCGCGAAGCGAAGCUUCAAGAUGGCGCUACAUAUUGCCAUGUUGCGGAAACAGUUGAGUGAUGCUGGCGUUGAUCCAGUUAGCAUGGACCAGGCGGUGGCCGAGUUUGAAAGGAGCGUCAAGGCGGAUAACUCCAUCAAGAAUGUCACUGGACAAUACCUUUGGCUCGAUGACAAUUCAGGUACGUCUUGCAAAAACGAAAAUAAAGAUUACCUUCACGUUUCGGGCGCCCCGACUACUAACGACUUUUAUUUUGUAGAUUUCAAGCCGUACAUCCCGGACUCCAUGGAGUAUGACAAGAUGAAAAAGUCCAAUUGA